AUGUUGAAAACAGACGAAUUUCGUGUAGUUAGUCAAACAUCAAAUCUUCAUCCAACUGAAACAACAACUGAUGCACCGACACAUACUAAUGGAUUCUAUAUGCCACCGGCUAAACGUCGUCGUUUACAAGGUACAUUAACUGAUCUAUUAAUAAGUGAAUAUCAACGUUUAGCAUGGGAAGCUUUAAAAGAAAUUAUUAAUGAUCAAGUUAACGAAGUGAAUAAAUCAAAUUUAUCAACAAUUAUUUAUGAACUACUUAAAUAUAAUAUUAUUCGUGGUCGUGGUUUACUUGCUAAUGCUAUUAUUCGAGCACAAAUUAGAUCUCCAUCUUCUACUCCUGUUUAUGUUGCAUUAGUCUCUUAUAUUCAUAGAAAAUUUCCACUAAUUAGUGAAUUAAUUUGUAAACGUCUUAUAUCAUCAUUUCGUCAAACAUAUCAACGUAAUGAUAAAAUUAAUUGUUUAACAACAACAAAAUUUGUUGCACAUCUUAUUAAUCAAAAUAUAUUACAUGAAAUAAUUGCAUUACAAAUUCUUCUUUUUCUAUUCGAAAAUUCAACUGAUGAUAAUAUUGAAUUAGCUGUUGAAUUGUUAAAAGAAUGUGGUCAAAAAUUAUUACAAGUUAGUCGACCAGAAUUAGAUUCUGCAUUUUUAGUAUUAAGAAAUUUACUUCAUCAAUCAUCAUUAAAUAAACAUACACAAGAUAUGAUUAGAAAUUUAUUUACUGUACGAAGAGAUGAAUUUAAAGAAUAUUCAACUAUUCAAUCUGGUUUAAAUUUAGUUGAUAAAAAUGAUCAAUAUAUACAUAUACUGCAAUUAGGCGUUUUUUAUGAUUCUGAAAGCAUGCUUGAUGUAUUUAAAUAUGAUGAAGAAUAUGAAGUUAAUGAAAAUAAAUAUGAACAAAUUCGAAAAAGAAUUCUUGAUGAAAAUGAAUCUAGUUCGAAUUCAUCAGAUAGUGAUGAAGAAGAUAAUGCUAAUGAAGAAAAACAACAACUGAGAAUUACCGAUCAAACUGAAACAGAUUUAAUAAUACUUCGUCACAAAAUAUGUUUAACAAUCCAAACAAAUAUUGAUGCUAAAAAAUGUGCACAUAAAUUACUUAAAAUGAAUUUACAUUAUAGACGAAAGAAGGAAUUAUGCCAAAUGAUUGUUGAUAUUUGUGCCCAACAACAUACAUAUGAAGAUUUUUUUGGUUUAGUUGGAGAACAUAUUUGUUUAUCAAAACAAGGUUAUGUUUAUUGGUUUAAACAGAUUUUUCAAGAUCAAUAUGACAUUUCUCGUUGGCCGAAAAAUGUUAAAUUAAAUAAUGUGGCUAAAUUUUUUGCACAUUUACUUGUCACAGAUUCGAUUUCAUGGGAUGUAUUCGACUGUAUUUAUUUAAGUGAAAAAAAUUCAACAUCAUCAUCACGUAUUUAUAUGAAAAUUUUAUUUUUGGAAUUGUUUCAAUUUCUUGGUUUUACUAAACUUAAAAAUCGUUUAACUGAUCCAACAUUGAAAAAUUCUUUUCGAGGUGUUUUUCUACGUGAUAAUCCAGAAAAUGCUCGAUUUUGUAUCAAUUUUUUCACAUCAAUUGGUCUUGAUAAAAUGAAAACAUCGAAAAAUGAUUUAUUAUCAUUUUUACUAGGUGAUCGUAUUAAAGUAUGUGAAGGUCAAUUAAGAAAUUUUCAAGAUACAACUGUUAUAGCUCUUAUCGAUCUGCUCGAAAUGGUUGAUAUCGAUGAUGAUCGAAAUGGUAAGUUCGAAUUUAAUAAUAAUAAAUUUAUUUAUUCAUUAAUUGUCUUUUUGUUUUAG